UAUCAAUAAUAAUAAUAACUGCAACUAGACAAUGGAAACCGUUGCAAAAUCGUGAAUAAAAUUAUUUUAAUCUAGCAAAUAAUAACUAUCUAUUGUGUAUAUAAUUAAAAUAGCUGAUAAAUUGUGAAAAAAAUAAAAGCAAAAGUAAUUAAAAAAAACAAGAUGGAUAAUCCAUCAACAGAUUCACCCCCAGAAAUCAAAGAGGAAGAACCAAAAGUUCAAGAAAAAACCAAUAAUUGUCGUUAUAAUCGUCGAUGUCGUAAUUCACAUCCAAUUCAUUUGAAGGAAUUGUCUCAUCCUCAUUUGGAAGAAUUAUUAAAAGAUAAAAUCCAUAAAGAUGUAGACUUCAAUGAAUUGUUACCAGAAAAUUGUAAAGACAAAGGAUUAAUGAUCAAACAACUACAACAAUUACAAGUAAUUCUUCGUGAAAAAUAUGCUGCUCCACCAACUCCACCAGAAUCAGAAGCCACAAGUCCAGUUGAUUCAAUUGUUGACUCAACAAAAUCAUUAUCCAUCAAAGAUUCUGAUGAUGCAUCAACUAUAACCAAGCUCAUAUCAACACUACCAACAUUGGAAAAUCCAAGUUUCAAAUUAUCAUCAUUUAAACGUUUGAUAAAAUUAAAUUCAGAAGUAACACUAGAAGCUGAAUGGAAAAAAACUUUAAUAAAUAGCUAUGAAAAUUGUGAAAGCCAAGAAGAACGAGAUAAAAUUCGUAUUGUUGCUAUUGAUAAAAUGAAAGCAGCUGGUACAGAAACAGGUCAUUUAAAAAUACCAGGUGAAUUUAAAAUUAAGUAUGACAUUGCAAAGCCAUACUUUAUGUUCUUUUCAACAAUUGAAGAAUCAUCAGCAACAUGGGAACAACUAAACUCAAUAACAUUUCCAGAAAUACUAGAUAAAAGUUUUGGAGUUAUUUUAAAAAGUUUACAUAUUAAUUAUAAAGUUGAUACAGCUUGGUUAAAAUGGCAGUAUGUUCUUGCUGGACAAAAAUUUAAUAGUCUAGUAUUUUACAGUGAAUUAUUUGACGUUGAAAAUAUAUCAAAAUCAAUUGAUAUCGAGUACAUACAACCAUCAACAAAAAGUGGUCUUCAUCAUUCAAAAAUAAGUGUAUUACUUUAUGAUGAUGGUGCAAGAAUAAUCAUGCCAAGUUGUAAUCUUUAUGAGUUUGAUUGGAAAAAUCGUACUCAAUUAAUUUGGAUAUCACCACAUUUGUAUUAUUUAUCUGACAAUAAAAAAUCAACAGAUGGUGAUUCAAAAACUGGAUUUAAAAAAGACUUUAUAAAUUACAUGAAAGAAUAUAAAAAUCAUAAAUUGCAUGAUUGGAUUGAUGUAUUGUCAAAGCUUGAUUAUUCAUCGAUAAAUGUUUUUUUUGUUGCUUCAGUACCUGGUCAUUAUAAAGAUCAAAAAUAUAAUAAUAGCAUUGAACGUUGGGGAUUAUUAAAAUUAUCAAAGCUAUUAAAAAAUCACGUUAAAUUAACAGAUGAUUCAGAAAAAUGGCCAAUUGUUGUACAGACAUCUAGCAUUGGCUCAUUUGGUAAAAGUUUUGAUGAGUAUCUUGGACUUGAAGUGUUACCAUGUUUAUCAAGUUGUGAUAAAAAUGAUAAAAGUAAAAGACCAGAUUUAAAAUACAUAUAUCCAACUAAAAAAAAUUAUGAUGAUAGCUAUGAACGUAAAACAUUGACAAGUCCAAAUCCAUAUUGUAGUGAUGUACAUGAAAAACAAAAAGAUUGGCUUAAUGGUCAUUUGUACGAGUGGAAAUCUGAUGGAAUUGAAAGAAAUAAAACAAUGCCACAUGGUAAAUGCUACACAAGAUUAUCACCAGAUUGUAAAAAUAUAUCUUGGUUUUUUUUUACAAGUGCUAAUCUUAGCAAAUCAGCAUGGGGACAAUAUUGGUAUGGUUAUGAUGCAAAAAUUAGAACCAUUAAUAAUUAUGAAGCUGGAAUAUUAUUUAUACCAAAAUUUUUGACUGAAGAAAAUACUUUUCCAAUUGGUGAUAAAAAUGAAAAUGGUACACCACCAUUUCCACUUCCAUAUGAUGUACCACUUACACCAUAUGAAACUGAUGAUGAGCCAUUUGUCAGAGAGUAUCUUGACGUUAUUGCAUCACAAGAAAAACCAGCUGAAUAAUCUGGAAUUAUCAUGAGUACUUUUUUCGUUAUCAUUUUAUUCAAGACAUUUUUUUUCUUCAUUCAUAAUCUAUAUUAUUUGCUACUUUUUGUUUAUACAAUUAUUAAAAUAUUAGUCGUAUAUAUGCGUACUUGUGAGUUGAAUAUAUAUCAGCUUAAAAUUUCUGAAUAAUUUUUUUUCUUAUUGCUCAAGUUAUUCAAUUGGCAGGAUUUAAAUUACACGGUAAUUUUAUAUUGUUGACUUGAUAAUAUCUGCUGUUUAUUUCAAGUUGUAAUUUGUAUUUUUAUUAUUAUUUUACAAGCUCAAUUCACAAGUUGACUCUUUUAUUUCUUCGUGUUAAAAAAAAACGUGAGUUUAAUAAUUCAUUUGUCUCUUGAAAGUAACACUACUUUGUUAAAAAAUAAAAAAAUAAAAAGCAUCACACUGGUUUGUGUAUACAUAUGUAAAAUAAAAAUUACUAAUGAAUCAUUUGUUAGAUCAUUAAACAACAAUGAAAAGUUUCACAAUAAUGAUACAAAAAAAAAACAA